CCAUCUCCUCCUCCUCCCUCCAUCUUUUAAUUUUAUCUUUAAUUAUUAAAUUCAAGUUUUGACGUCGACAGUGAAUCUAUAUAUUUAGUUGUUCGAAAAGGUUGAUGACGGAUUUCAUCUGUUUUUUUGUAUCUCGAGUUGCAUUACUCUAAUCUUGAAUUAAGUACGUCAAGGUGCAGUCUGGCAACCCUACCUGUACCUGAUAAUAAAAUCUGUCUCAAUACCCGAGUGGUGAGAAUUUAGGGUGUUGCAAUUAAUGGCAAACCGGCCCCAGUCACUUUCAUUAAAUGUUCCAUUCGGAGGUCCAAGCGUUUCAGCACCAAGCGUUACUGGAGCUCAAGCAAACAAAGAUCGUAAAAUGGCAUCAGCAGAGCACUUGGUGCUUGACUUGAGUAAUCCUGAUCUUCGAGAAAACACGCUUCUUGAACUUUCAAAGAACAAGGAAUUAUUUCAAGAUUUGGCUCCUUUCGUGUGGAAUUCUUUUGGUACUAUUGCUGCACUCAUCCAGGAGAUAGUUUCAAUUUACCCUGUUCUAUCACCACCAAAUCUGACUCCGGCACAAUCCAAUCGAGUUUGCAAUGCUCUUGCUCUUCUUCAGUGCGUAGCUUCCCACCCAGAUACAAGAAUGUUGUUCCUCAAUGCUCAUAUACCUUUAUAUCUGUAUCCUUUUCUCAAUACAUCAAGCAAGGCAAGACCAUUUGAGUACUUAAGGCUUACGAGUUUAGGAGUCAUUGGUGCCCUGGUGAAGGUUGAUGAUACUGAAGUUAUUAGUUUCCUUCUGUCAACAGAAAUAAUUCCACUGUGCCUUCGCACUAUGGAAUUGGGCAGUGAACUCUCAAAAACAGUAGCCACAUUUAUAGUUCAGAAGAUUUUGUUGGAUGAUAUGGGCUUGGACUAUAUUUGUACUACAGCAGAGCGGUUUUUUGCUGUAGGUCGAGUUUUGGGGACCAUGGUUGCAGCACUGGCUGAUCAACCCUCAUCACGCCUUUUGAAACACAUCAUUCGUUGCUAUCUUCGAUUGUCAGAUAAUCCAAGGGCUUGUGAUGCUUUAAGAAGUUGCCUUCCAGAUGUGUUACGAGAGGCUAGCUUUAACAAUUUCCUUUGUGAAGAUCCAACUACUAGGAGGUGGCUGCAACAACUGCUGCAAAAUGUUGGAGUGAGCCGGAUUCCUGCACUGCAGGGUGGGGGAGGAUUUGAUCACGUGAUGGUGAAUUGAGUGGAGAAGUGUACUUUCCUUUGGAGACGGGCACCUGUUGUAUCAAUGGAGAUGUUGAGAGCAGAGACGCUGUUUUAUCAACUUGUAAAUGCUCAUCUUAUUCUCUUGUUGCCAAAUGACAUAAACGUAAUUAGAUUUUCUUUCUAUCUAAAGAUAGAUUUACCGGGGCGGAGGACUCAGCAGGUUUUAUAUACACACAGAUAUGGUUAUAGUAGAGGUAACCUCUGUUUUGGAGUAAUUAUUUUGUUUUUAGGGUUGUGAUGUAGCUUCUAGAUUGCUAUUGUUAUAGUUAAAUUACGAAAUUGCAAUACUUUUGCUGGGUGUGCGCACUCUGUAUUGUGA